AUGACGACUGUAGCGCUUUCCGUUGUCCUUAUCCUUGUCACCUUCUAUUGUGUAUCAUCGACCGCCUUGUUCACUCUCGUAGCAGUGACCAGAAAGGUGGUUGUCAAUAACAAUUACAAGUACGUGAAUGUUACAAGCACUGCAAACGAGAUCGGUCCCAUCACAAAUCAUAGCCUCGAUAUCGGUAUACAAUUUCUAAAAGAGAUCCGCGAUGUAAAGGGAACAGUUCAGUAUCACCUCGUUCUCAACAAAAGCGUCGUCCCGCAAGCGUUCGUCACUCGUACGGUGGAUGUUUGUCAUUUUCUCAAACGCCCUACUUCCGAUCGGUUGCUUAAUCUCGUCUACGUGCAGUAUAAAAAGAGCGGCAAACUGCCGGAACGUUGCCCCAUACCGCCGGAAUAUUACUACAUACGCAACUUUCGUCCUUCGGCCAUAGCAGUUCCGGGUUUUUUACCCGAGAAUGAUUUUCUGUUGAAGGAAAUUUUUCAAACCGGCAUAAACAACAAACCAUUGUUUACUUACCAGUUCUACGGAAGCUUUGUGAGGAAACCGAUCGAGCGAAACAGCGUCCAUUAG